UGUACCGAGAGCAUGGCUACUUUGUACUUUAGGUGAAAAAUUAUGAAUAAAAUAUUAGAUUCAUUGGUCUAUAUAAGGAAUGGCAAAGCAUAACCCCACCACCGUUUCUAUAAGCGAAACUUUUGUGAAAGAAAUUCCACUCCCAGUCAAAAACCAUGAACCAAGCUGCUCUCUUAAACGUUGGCAAAGUUCAUCCAACUUCAAACAAAAUUUAUCCAUGGAAGUUCAGAGCUCGCGUGAUAUCCCUUUGGAAUGUCCCUGAACAUAUGCUCCCUCUGUCUUCUUCAGGAAUGGACAUGGUUCUCAUUGAUCAAGAGGGUGUGAAAUUUGAAGCGUCUGUUUGCAAGUCUGUCACUGGCCUCCCUAAGAUUUUUGAAGGAAGGGUGUACCAAAUAUCUUUCUUUAGGAUACUUGAUAACCUUGGCGCCAAACGUUACACAAAUUGUGUUUACAGGCUAUUCUUCCAAUCAUACACCAAAAUAUUUCCUGUUGUGGAUCAUGAUAUUCCUCUGAAUGGAUGGGAUUUUUUCCACAUGGAUCAUAUCAAAAACUAUGGAAAUACCUUUGGAUAUUUAGUUGAUGUCAUUGGCAUUUUAACUGCUGCUUCCUCUGAAAAACUUCUGAUUAAGGACAAAAGGAUAUACAAAACAAUGGAGGUUCAACUACUGGACAAAACUGGCAUGACUACUUGUGUAUUGGUUGGUGAUAUAGUUGACAAUCUUACUGAGUAUCUAUGUUUUUAUUGGGUUACUAGACCUGUUCUUGGCCUUCGUUGUGUUGAAGUCAGUAGUAAUAAUGGUAAUCAAUUUUUCUAA